AUGCCUGCUAUCCUUGUCAACGCCCAUGGGUACUUGACCAUUCCAUCAAGUCGUACCCGGCUUGGAUUCGAGGCUGGCAUUGAUACCUGCCCCGAAUGCUCCAUUCUAGAACCAGUCACUGCUUGGCCCGACCUUGAAGCCGCCCAGGUUGGCCGAAGUGGGCCAUGUGGAUACAAUGCACGAGUCAGUGUUGACUACAACCAGCCCGGGGAUUACUGGGGCAACUCUGUGGUCGCCACGUAUACAGCAAAUGACAUCGUCGAAGUACAAUGGUGUGUUGACAACAACGGUGACCACGGUGGCAUGUUCACCUACGGAAUCUGUCAAAACCAAACUCUAGUUGACUUGUUUUUGACUCCCGGUUAUCUUCCAACCACCGAGGAGAAACAAGCUGCCGAGGACUGUUUCUUGGAAGGUGAAUUGAAGUGUACGGAUGUUAGCGGACAGACUUGUGGCUACAGUCCUGAUUGCACUUCGGAUCAAGCAUGCUACCGCAAUGACUGGUUCACUUGCAAUGCUUUCAACGCCGACACUAAUCGUGCCUGUCAAGGUGUGGAUAGUGCUGCGCUAAACUCCUGCACUACAACAAUCGCUGGUGGCUAUACAGUUACAAAAAAGAUCAAGAUCCCGGAUUACAGCUCCGAUCACACUCUCCUACGCUUCCGGUGGAACUCAUACCAGACAGCCCAGGUGUAUCUUCACUGUGCUGAUAUUGCUAUUUCGGCCUCAGGGCCGGGGUCAAGUUCGAGUUCUAGCACAGUGUCCACCAGUCGGACUGCAACAACCUCCACUGCCACCAAGACGAGAACAACCACCGCUUCGACAACUUGUACUGCUGCCACCACCGUCUCAGUGGUCUUCAACGAAUUAGUCACGACAACAUAUGGUGAGAAUAUCUUUAUCACCGGGUCGAUCAGUCAGUUGAGCUCUUGGUCAACCUCAUCGGCGAUUGCUCUGUCUGCAAGCUCAUACACGUCGUCCAACCCAUUGUGGACGGUCGCUAUUGACCUGCCCGCUGGUACCACUUUCGAGUACAAGCUUAUCAAGAAAGAGACGGAUGGCAGCAUUAUUUGGGAAAGCGAUCCUAACCGGUCCUAUACUGUACCAACUGGCUGUUCUGGGCUCACGGCUACUGCUAGCGCAACUUGGCGUUAG